GUUCCGGUGGUGAGACGCCUUUUCAAACAUAAGAGGAACAAAGACCUCGCCUCCUCCCUGUCGUCAGUGGACAGCACAUUGAGCAAGAACGUUCUGACUGCUGCCGAGAAGAUAGCCCAUCAAACCUUAGAUGAUGAACAGCCCUGUGAGUCCUAGGAAAGGAAGAGGACAAGUGGCUGUCACCAGACAAGCAGUAUGAAUGCUGGCUUGCCUGGGAAUAAAGUGCAACAAUCUAAGAGUUCUUCAGGAAAAAGGCAGGGUAGAGCCCAAGGACCCAGCACCCCUUCCCAGCAGAGAAGCAGCCUUCUUGGGGUCUCUCGGCCCACUGCAGGUACAUUCAUAGAAAGUGUUUCUGCUGACAGAGGGCCAGAGCGGAAUGCACUCAGCUCCAGGUGUCAGGGCGCCUCUGGGAGCAAGUUGUUCCUGGACUUCCAGUCAAUGAAAAUUAUCAAGGAAGGUGCUGACGAGGACAGUGCAAGUGACCUCUCAGACUCUGAAAGAGUGGCCAUUCCUCCUUCCCCCUUCUCGCCUCCAGACCUCAACCUCCGAGCAGAAGAAAUCGACCCAGUCUCCUUCUCUCUUCACCCAAACCCAAGCCAGGCAGAGCCUGAGCCCUGUUAUCCUGACUUCCUUCCACCUCCUUUCAGCUCCUGGGACCUGCAGGACAUGGCUCUGGUUCUGAACACGGAGGGUAGGAGUGAGACCCUGCCGCGGCCCACAGGCUUCCUUGGGAAGUACAUAGACAGACUUCUCCAGCUUGAGUGGCUGCAGACCCAGACUGUGCAGUGGGAGAAGGCCAGGACCGCCAAGGCCAGGCCUCCCACUGCAUCAGGGGCCUCUGGGAUUCUCAAAAGCCCAGGGAGGAGCAGGCUCCUGGCUGGUGCUCUGUCCAAGCCCUUACCAUCCCCAGAAGGGACUUCAAAGUCAAUCCUUUCUCGAAGGAAAGGUUUUCACCAGGAAGAAGCUCGCCCAUCUUACUAUGCAUUUGAGACAUCACCUAAAUCUGUGGACGGACCUGGUGGCUACAGGCUCUGUGCCCAGAAGCCAGCUCCUGAAUUGAAGACAGAGAAGAAGAAGAAGUCGGGCAAGACCACCAAGUUCCAGCGUCGGCAGCUGCCCUGCCGUGAGAGCGACCCUGCCAUGGAAGCCAGUGGUAACAUCCGAAUUCCCAAGCAGUCCCCAGAGCUCCUGGGCUCAGCAGCCUCCUGUAGGGCCCCCAGGACACAAGCACAUGUUGACCUUAAGAAAAAGGGGACCUCGAAUAACUGCCUUACCCCCUCAUCCAGCAAGAAGAUCAAAAGAAGUGGAGUAAAGCAAACCAUGUAUAAGUAAAAUUAACCUCUGAAAGGAAGAAUGGCAAGAUCGGCCGGUGUCGCGAUCCUGGAGCGCCGCCCAAAGGGACAAUGAACUCGAUACAUUCGGUGAUAACCCCAGGAGCCACAUUAACGAAAGUAUGUGCUACAUACAGAAUUCAGUACUGUGCUAGCCAGCCCCUGGAGAACCAAGACCUUUUCUCUUGGUGUCUCAGAGGAGACGGUGUGUACUGCUUUAAAUGCAAGGAAGCCUGGGGCUUGACAGAAGGCCCUCCUGGUACAUUGCCUCUCUUGCUUUUGCAUAAACCCCCAAGUAAAAUUUCUGUUCUCUCUCCCUCCCUCCCUUCCUCCCUUCCUCUCUUCCUCUCUUCCUCCCUGCCUUCCUCUCUCUCUCCUCUCGUUCACUCUGUCUUGCUCUGUUCCCACCCCUCCCCGAGGAGAAGACUCAGUUCCUCCAAAGUUAGGGAGCACAUGAGUUUCUAUUUUGAGUGCCAUUUAUCACUGAGCUGUUGGCUCGCCAGAGGCAAAGGCAUCUAGAAGUUCAGUGCAUUUAUCUGGCAUUUUUUAAGAGGCAGUUUAAAUUCAGAGGUGGUGGCGGUGCCAUCUCUGAGUCUCCGAACAGGUUAUAUUCAUUUGCAGAUUUUUCCGGUGAGAAAGCCAGUGGGCCCAAGCAUGAUUAGUUCUGUUUGGUGGGGCAAGACAGAACACUGUGGCACCCUAGACCGUUGGGUAACCAUGAACAGCAUAAGAGCCAUGUGAAUGUAAGUUAUUAAGUUACUGAUGAGGGACCCAGAUCCUGUUGUCCUUGGUCAAAAAUAAUGGUCUAUUUCUGUUUGUAAGAGCACGAUUCUCUAAUCAUGCUUGGGAACAGGAAAGGAAGAGGACACAUUUCCAGAGAGCGGGGGGGGGGGGGGG